UGGUUAAUACGAAAUGGAAGUAAAAGGUAGAAGAAGAGAAUAGUCCCCUCAACACGGCCAGCUCUCUCUUCAUGAUCUGAAUAAUGAUACUUUGCUGAAAGGGAAAAAAGUGUUGAUCAGCUCCAGAGAAGAGAAGAGAAGAGAAGAGAAAAGAAAAGCUAUAGUUUGUUGGAAUUUGGAAAUGGAAGCUCCAUUGCUACACUCAUCAAAUGGGUACGAGGAGGAGGUGUACGAGGAGGAGGUGGAGAAGAGAUUGGGGAAACGGGUAAUGGAGGAGUCGAAGAGGUUAUGGAUGUUAUCAGGGCCAGCUAUCUUCACGGCCAUUUGUCAGUACUCGCUGGGCGCACUCACACAGACGUUCACAGGGCAAGUGAGUGCGCUUGCACUCGCCGCCGUCUCCGUCGAGAACUCAGUUAUCGCUGGACUUGCCUUCGGCGUCAUGUUGGGAAUGGGGAGUGCUUUGGAGACGCUAUGCGGCCAAGCAUAUGGAGCAGGAAAGAUAACAAUGCUGGGAAUUUACAUGCAGAGAUCAUGGGUCAUUUUGUUUGUGACUUCUCUUAUUUUGGUUCCAGUUUAUGUCUUCUCUUCUUCCAUUCUAAAGCUCUUUGGCCAGACUGAUGAGAUUGCUGAGAUCACUGGGAAGUUUGCCAUCUGGAUGCUUCCACAAUUGUUUGCCUACGCCUUGAAUUUCCCAAUACAGAAGUUCUUGCAAGCUCAGGGGAAGUUUUUUGUAAUGGCUUUUGUUGCAGGAGUGGUAUUGGUGAUACAUGUAGUGCUUAGUUGGCUUCUAAUCUUGAAGUUAGGGUGGGGUUUGGUUGGUGCUGCUGUGUCUCUCAACUUGUCAUGGUGGCUUGUUGUUAUUGGUCAAUUGGCCUACAUUUUUAUUUGGAAGUCUGAUGGAGCUUGGACUGGUUUCUCUUUCCAAGCUUUUAAAGAUCUCUUUGGCUUUGUAAAGCUUUCCCUAGCUUCUGCUGUCAUGUUAUGCUUGGAGUUUUGGUACUUGAUGGUAGUUAUAGUCAUAACAGGUCAUCUAAAGAACCCAUUGAUUGCAGUUGAUGCCAUCUCAGUCUGCAUGAACAUUAAUGGAUGGGAUAUUAUGAUUGCAAUUGGAUUCAAUGCUGCAAUAAGUGUGAGAGUAUCAAAUGAACUGGGGGCGGGUAAACCUCAAGCAGCAAAAUUUGCGGUAUUGGUGGUAUCUGCAACAUCCAUAGCCAUAGGACUGGUUUGUAUGGCCUUGGUCCUGGGAACAAGGGACUACUUUCCUUACCUUUUCACCAACAGUGCCGAAGUGAGGAAAGAGGUCACCAAGCUUGCACUCUUGCUUGCAACUACUGUGCUUCUAAAUAGCCUUCAACCAGUCUUAUCUGGUGUUGCUAUUGGAGCUGGAUGGCAAGCUCUAGUUGCAUACAUCAACAUUGGAUGUUAUUAUAUAGUCGGGUUACCUGCUGGCUUACUCUUGGGGUUUAAAUUUGAUUUUGGGGUCGAGGGUGUUUGGGGAGGGAUGAUUGGUGGCAUUGUUUUGCAGACCAUAGUCUUGGUCAUAGUUACAUCAUGCACUAACUGGAACAGGGAGGCCUCUGAAGCAGGGAAUCGUAUUAGAAGAUGGGGAGGAUCGGUUGCAGAAGAUUGAUCAACUUGUUUUUUUUCAAGUCCGGAUCACAUUUACGUAAGAGAACGUUUCUCGUAUGUUCCUAUGAUCGACACAUGGACUCCACUGAAUUCAUAGAGUUAUGCUACUAAGAGAGAAAAACUUGUUAAAAUCCACGUGUUUAAACAGUGCGGAUCGAUUCGGUUCA